CUCCUGCUGUGGCCAUCUGCACGUGUCGGACCGGUGACUGUUUACAGUACUUGUCCGUUUACCACGAUUGUAGUUGGCAAAGUGCAGAGAUGCCGAAAGUAAAGAGAUCCAGAGGAGGAGGUGGAGGAGGAGGAGAGAAGAGCGGGGGAGCGGUGGCGCUGGCUGACCAGAUCCUGCAGGCGGACACGGUGCGAGCCCGGGGCCGAGUGAAGGUCCGGGACAUCCGGGAAGAGAGCGAGGACAAGUACGUGGACGAGCGUCUGUCGAGGAAGAUCCUACAGCAGGCCCGGAUUCAGCAAGAGGAGCUCCAGUCCGAGUAUGGCGUGGCCCCGGAGAAGAAGAAAACACCCGUCACGGUUCUCGGCUCCAGCUCUCAGGAUGCAGAUUCGGAUGAGGAGUGGCCAGCACUGGGACAAGCAGGUGCUGGUGACAGCGACGCCGAGUGUGACACAGAGGUCGUCGUUGACGUCGACGAUGAGAUGGCGAUGGAGAUGUUCAUGAACAAGAACCCGCCAUUGAGACGGACCUUGGCUGAUAUCAUCAUGGAGAAGAUCACAGAGAAGCAGACAGAGGUUGGAACACUGAUGUCAGAGGUGUCGGGACAUCCCAUGCCCCAGUUGGACCCAAGGGUAAUUGAAGUGUACAGAGGCGUCAAUAAGGUGCUGUCAAAAUAUCGCAGUGGUAAAUUGCCAAAGGCUUUUAAAAUAAUCCCAGCACUUGCAAACUGGGAGCAGGUUCUGUAUUUAACUGAGCCCGAGACCUGGACGGCUGCUGCCAUGUACCAAGCAACGAGAAUCUUCUCCUCCAAUCUGAAAGAACGAAUGGCCCAGAGGUUUUACAACUUGGUUUUGCUGCCCAGAGUACGGGAUGAUAUUGCAGAGUACAAGCGACUCAACUUUCAUCUCUACAGUGCCCUGAAGAAGGCUCUGUUCAAACCGGGAGCCUGGUUCAAAGGUAUUCUGAUUCCUCUGUGUGAGUCCGGGACAUGUACCCUCAGGGAAGCCAUCAUCAUCGGGAGCAUACUCACAAAGUGCUCAAUCCCUGUGCUCCACUCCAGCGCUGCAAUGCUUAAGUUGGCAGAGAUGGAGUAUAACGGCGCCAACAGCAUUUUCCUGCGUCUAUUGCUUGACAAGAAGUACGCCCUGCCUUUCCGUGUCCUAGACGCCUUGGUAGCCCACUUCCUGUCCUUCCGCAGUGAAAAACGUGUGCUUCCUGUUCUGUGGCAUCAGAGUUUACUGACCCUGGCCCAGCGCUACAAAGCUGACCUGGCCUCUGAACAGAAGACAGAACUGCUGGAGCUGCUAAAGAUACAAACAAACCCUCAAAUCACUGCAGAGAUUCGCAGAGAACUGCAGAACUCUGAGUCCCGGGAUAUCGAAAUUGGGCUUCCUGUUACAGUGGAUAUGGACUGAGGAAUCAUUCUGGUCUGGUACAUCCUCUUCCUCCUCCUCUUCUGGUGCAAAUGAGUAAUGUUAUCUUCGGCAUGAAGACAGAUCUGUUAAAUCUGACUUCAUUAUGCUUCCUGUUCUGUGAAAGUACAGUUUCAAAGAUCAGAGUGACUCAUUACAUUGUAUUACAGCUACAAUUCUGUUCCCCUGCUUGGAUGAGUUCACAAAAUGCGAUGAUGCAGAUGUUGUAUUUUCAUAUCAUGUAUCCCUAAGCUUUUUUCCUACAGUUGCAGUGAUUGUUUGGAAAUACAAAGACUGGUAUUUGUGUUCAUUUGAUGAUCAUUGGAUCAAGUUUUGAUGCAAAAAUGUGGAUUAAAAACGCCCUUUACAGUU